CUACUUUUGACUACUUGUGACUACUUGUGACUGCUUGUCCUACAGAGCUGUGUAUUUUCCUCUUUCAAAACCACAAGGAAAUGUUUUAACCGGGAAUGUUGGACACCAGAGAUAAGAUCUUAUCAGCCCGGUAUGUGGCCCCCGUCUUCACACCACGUAACGAGGAAGGGAAUGUGAACUAUUCUAUCAUCCCCAGUUACAUUACCCACCUCAUCAACUCAGGAGUGACCGGUAUUCUAGUUGGUGGAUCAGCAGGGCAGGGUUUACUGCUAUCCAAUACUGAGAGACUAGCUGUAGCAAGAGCUUUCAUUGUAGCUGCUGAUCGACGUAUCGCUGUCAUCAUUCAUGCAGGUGGGGUAAACUACCAAGACACCUUAUCUCUGUGUGAGAUCCUAUCUGGUAUGGAAGGAGUUGAUGGGAUUAUGCUCUCCACUCCCAUGUUCUACCCUUACUUCACUUACACUGGACUACUCCAGUUCCUGUGUGAUGCAGGAGAGGCCUGCAAUGGAAAGCCAGUUCUGUACUACCAUUUUCCUUCGCUGACAAGGCUGCAGUAUGAUGUAGUCGAACUUAUGAAGAAUCUCAAAAGAAGACUUAGCAAUUUCAUUGGCUUAAAGUACACUGCCAAUGACGAAAGUGUUUACAAGAAAUUAGUGAAACUGGAUCUAAAGAUAUUUCUCGGGUUCCCGAACAUGACACUUGUAGGUGCCCAGACUCAGGGAGCUGAAGUGUCUCUCAUUACGGGACCAACUAACUUUGUGAACGGUGUCAUGGUGCGGAUUGUUGAUCUCGUGCUUAGGGGUGACAUCAGAAAAGCAAAGGUAAUACAAAACGAUUUGGAAGGUUUCAUGGAAUCGAUCAUAGUAGACCAAGAACUCAUGUCUUCUUUGACCCAUGUUAUGGAUUUUGUAGGUCUUCCUAUGGGUCCUCCUACAAAACCACUGAGUGACUUGACAGAUACCCAGAAAAGGAUGCUGAAAGGAAAUUUAAACAAAGUGGGAAGUGAAGGACGGUUCAUUGACAUGGUGGACAAAUAUAAAGCCCCUGCGGAAACUCAUUCAACUUUCACCAGCUAUUUACUGAUGGGAACGUGUGCUUUUUUUCUUUAUAAAGUAUUUUACAAGAAAAUUAGUUGGUAAAACUGUCAGAUUUUAAAUAAUCUUGAUAUAUGCAUAUUAGUAAUGAUUUUGAACGAUUGAAAUGUUCACAGAUUAUUG